UUUUGUUCUCUCUGAGUGGAGAAGAAAGAAGACCUCGAGUCAUCAUCCUGCAGAACAGGUGGUUGUUAACUUUUCAGAUUCUCGAUCGGAUUUUGGAUUAUAUAUAUAAUAAGAAGAUUUAGGGAUUUGGAAAAAAUGGAGGCGAAUGCGGCGGUGGACGGGACGGGGAAUCCGAUCCCGACGUCGGCGGUUUUAACAGCAUCGGCGAAGCAUAUAGGGAUGAGGUGUAUGCAGGAAAACAUGGCCUUCUUGAAAUGCAAGAAGAAUGAUCCUAACCCAGAGAAAUGCCUCGACAAGGGCCGUGACGUCACUCGCUGUGUUCUUGGCCUGCUGAAGGAUCUUCACCAGAGAUGCCCCAAGGAGAUGGAUGCUUACGUGGGAUGCAUGUAUUAUUACACCAACGAGUUUGAUUUGUGUCGGAAAGAGCAAGAAGCCUUCGAGAAAGCGUGUCCGUUGAAAUGAGAAGUCAAGUUUAUUGUCUCUGACUAUGCAAUUGUUCAGUUUCAGUCUUGAGCUUUACUCUAAUCACGCUCUUCCAUCGCUGCCUCUUUUCCUUUUUCUCGUUAUGGAAGACCAUUAAAUCAUGUCAUGUUUCUUAAUUAUCUUAAAACAUGACCAAAGUUGAGUAGAGCAGUUGACUCUCAA